AUGAAUAAUGAUCCUCAAGAACCACCACCGCCGUAUAUGGAAGUAGAAAAUAAAAAUGUUCCGAUGGUGGGAGGCCAUCCUUAUAGUUUACCUCAACAAGGUCCAACCGGUGAUAUAAGAUAUGUAACAGGUAAUCCACCUAUGGGAACUUAUUACACAGUGCAAGCUGUUCCAAUAGGAAUAUUCAGUAGAAAUCCAGUGCAAUGCACUUGUUCUCAUUGCGGCUCAAUUAUUGUUACACGCAUUGAAGAAACAAGUGGUCUAUUAGCAUGGCUUAUAUGUGCCUUAUUGGUUAUAUUCGGUUGUUGGCUUGGUUGCUGUCUUAUACCAUUUUGUGUAUCAGACUUUCAAAAUAUUAAACAUUAUUGCCCAAAUUGUAAGGCUUUUCUUGCUGAAUAUCGUCCUUUAUAA